CCGAGAAGGGCCUCUGGGUGCAGCUCGAUGGCACAGCUGCACCGGUUUGGAGGUUACAACCAAGGUGGGCCCAACCUCGGCCUCGCCUCGGAGGGCAGUGACAGCAGCGGCCAGGACCCCCCCGCCUUGCUGCACACCCAUCGCAAGAACACCCUCUCUCGCUCGGUUCCUGUGGAGAACGUGGAGAUGAAGAGCAGUGGGUCGAGUGGCAGCGGGACCGAAUCGCACGGCAAUGAGAGUCACGGCCACAGCUCGAUGGGCAGUUCAAAUGGAACCAGCAAAGACUCUGCACUGCUGGAAUCUUCUGAAAGCAACAAAAGCUCCAACUCCCACAGCCCGUCUCCUCCCAGCAGUUCAAAUGCCUUCAGUCUGCUGAGCUCAGAGCAGGACAACCCCUCGUCCAGCGGCUGCAGUAGUCAGGAGUCCGCCAAAGCCAAGACGCAGAAGGACCUGAUUAAAACCAUGAAAGAGCUGAAGCUUCACCUGCCUGCUGAAAAGAGACACAAUAGCAAGUCCUCCACGUUGAACGUGCUCAAGCACGCGCUGCGCUGUGUCAAACAGGUGGAAGCCAAUGAGGAGUAUUACCAGCUUCUGAUGACCAAUGACAGUCCACCUUCAGGCCCGGAUGUGUCUUCUUACACAAUAGAGGAAAUAGACAGCAUUACGUCUGAGUACACCCUCAAGAACAAUGACAUUUUUGCAGUGGCAGUGUCUCUGAUCACUGGACGCAUCGUCUACAUUUCGGAUCAGGCCGCCUCCAUCCUCAACUGCAAGAGAGAAGUGUUCAAAAACACUAAAUUCGUGGAGUUCCUGACGCCGCAGGACGUGAGCGUGUUUUACAGCUUCACAACGCCGUACCGCCUGCCGUCAUGGAGCAUGUGCACCGGAGCAGAGUCAUCCCCGCCUGACAUCAAGCAGGAGAAAUCCUUCUUCUGUCGUAUCAGCGGUGGUAAAGAGUGUGAGGGCAACAUGCAGUACUAUCCCUUCCGCAUGACGCCGUAUCGGAUGAUGGUUCAGGACACCGUCCACUCUGAGGACCAGUUCUGCUGCCUCCUCCUGGCUGAGAGGGUUCACUCUGGUUAUGAUGCCCCCAGAAUUCCAACAGACAAGCGGAUCUUCACUACCACACACACUCCCAGUUGCGUGUUCCAGGAUGUCGAUGAGCGGGCUGUUCCUCUCCUCGGGUACCUCCCUCAGGACCUGAUCGGCACAUCCCUCCUGCUCCACCUGCAUCCGGAUGACCGACCCAUCAUGAUGGCCAUUCACAGAAAGAUCCUUCAGUACGCUGGGCAGCCAUUUGACCACUCGUCAAUCCGCUUCUGUGCACGAAACGGAGAGUACAUCAUCCUCGACACCAGCUGGUCCAGUUUCGUCAACCCCUGGAGCCGCAAGGUCUCGUUUGUCAUCGGGAGACACAAAGUUUGCAUGGGCCCCGUGAAUGAAGAUGUUUUUGUGGCCCGGGCCUCAUCUCUCGGGGAGACAAAGACCAUGGACUCUGACAUCCAGGAUAUUACAGAGCAGAUCCACCGCCUCCUGCUACAGCCGGUUCAUAACAGUGGUUCCAGUGGCCACGGCAGUCUCAACAGCAAUGACCACCUUCUGGGACUGAGUGUGAGCAUUAACAAGAGCAAGAUCCUGCUGGAGGAGGAGGAACUGAGCAGCAAAGCCAGACCAAGAACUUUUCAGGAAAUCUGCCAUGGCGUUCAUCUUCAGAAGAGUCAGGAGCAGCAGACAUCCAAACCAGAAAAAAAGAAAAGCAUCAGCAUAGAGUCUGUACAGAAGAGCCCAGCUGUGGUGCUGACCAAAGAAUCGCCAGCCCCUCUCGAGGAGCCGUGGUCUGUGGAGGAGAGACAGACAUCUGUUCAGGAGGAGCUGGCCUUCAAUGACCAGACUGUCUACUCCUACCAGCAGAUCAGCUGCUUGGACAGCGUCGUCAGGUAUUUGGAGAGCUGUAAUGUUCCCAUCAACAUGAAGAGGAAGUGUCAGUCUUCUUCCAACACCACAUCCUCCAACUCGGAUGAGGACCAACAGAAAGGGACCAGCAAAGAACCAGCUUUGUUAAAGGAUCAGUCUGGAGUUUCUGCUAUGGAUGAUCGCGACAAAAAGUCCGGUGAUGCCGCCACUGCAAUAGUUGGCACUUCGCUGCCCCUGCCUGUACCUAACAAACCGGAGAGUGUGGUGUCGAUCACCAGCCAGUGUAGCUACAGUAGCACCUUAGUGCAUGUUGGUGACAAGAAACCUCAACCUGAGUCAGAGAUCAUAGAGGAUGUACCAGAAUCCUGCCAGAACGCUGGGGCUCCUCAAUGCGCCGUUUCACCUCCCAGUCAGGAGAGGGAGUCCUACAAGAAACUGGGACUGACCAAGCAGGUUUUGGCGGCCCACACGCAGAAGGAGGAGCAGGACUUCCUGUAUCGCUUCAAAGAGCUCAGUAGACUCACAACGAUGCAAGCCAACUGCUCCGAGUACCUGGAGCGCCAGCGGGAGCAGAUCGCCACUGAUGCUGUGGCCGCUGCUCGACCCUUCAAACAGCCUGUACUGGUUCCAGAGCCCGUCCCACGGCGAGGAACACGGAAUAAGAAGACCAAGUCCAAGCGAGCGAGGCAGGUUGAGUCCUCGGACAGCACGGAGUCCCACUACAGUCAUCGGCAUCUGCGGCCACCUCGAAUAAACCAUGGCCUUAACCCCACCUGCUGGUCCUCCUCUGACACCUCGCAGUCCCCGUAUGCCACGACCUACCCGGCCAUGAUGCCAGGCUACCCUCUCCAGGGUUACCCCACACCAGCUUCCAUGGCGACCUGCACAGCUCCCCCUCUAGCUAAUUUUGGGCACAACCAAACUGCCCAAGCCCCUCCCUACCCGCCAUCCAUCCAUCCUGUUCCUUUCACCAACCCCAUGGUCCCCCCCAUGGUGGCUUUGGUGCUGCCGAACUACAUGUACUCUGCAAUGACCCCCGGGCCUCAAGCACCACAGCCAGUGUACCACGCAGAGACUGGAGGCUUCACCACCCAAACACAGCCUUUUUGUCAGGCUGCCUUUCCAGGCCAGGGCACCUUCAUGGUUCAACCCUCCUUCGGUGUCCAGAAUCACUUCAACCCUCAGAACCUUUUUGCCCCUCCGGCCGGGUACAUGACCCCAUCGUACCAACUCCCUCUAUCCGCUGAAAUCCCAAAGGGCCUGGUGGAGGCCCAGUCUCGCCCCUCGUCGCCCCAGUCUGGAUUUGGAGGAGGUCCGGCAUCCCCACCUCUGAUCCAGUCGGGCUGCAGCUCACCACUCAACCUGCUGGAGCUGGAGCUGUCUGCAGACCUCCUGGACAACACAGCGCUGCCCCCUGGAGGACAAGGGAACACCGCUGAAAGGGAGAAAGGAGCAAGUGGCACUGCAUCCAAGCCGUCUCUCAGUCUCCUUGGUCCACCUGGACCGUUGUUUUGCGAGUGCACGUGCUGUGCCUGUGAGCGUUUGUCUUGGGAUAAAGUGUUCUCUAGGCUGAGGGCUUACAGCAAUGAGGCAAGCUCGCGUGGCAGCGGGAACACCAGCGAUUCCAACUCUUUAUCCAGCGGCAUGUUGGACAUUCUACUCCAAGAGGACUCUUGUUCAGGCACAGGCUCGGCCACCUCGGGGUCCAUGGGCUCAGGGUCCAACGGACGCGGCACCUCGGCCAGUGGGACGUCCAACAGCCGUACAUCAGGCAGUGGAGGGUCGGCGAGUGGGACCUCCGGCAGUGGAACAGGAAGCAACAACAGCAGUAAAUACUUUGGCAGCGUGGACUCGUCCCAGAACAGCCAGAAGGUCAAAGGUCAUAUGAGCGGCAGUGACGGAAGGCCCGUGGACACGGAGAAGAGCGAACACUUCAUCAGGUAUGUACUGCAGGACCCACUGUGGCUGCUUAUGGCAUGGGGGGUGCAGCCAAUCAGGAUGCCUGUGUUUGCUUGUAUGUGCAGUGACAUCCAGCAAGUGCUCCGAGAGGACAGAGAGAAGCUGCUGCGGCUGCACAAGAACCAGCCGUGGUUCUCUGAGGACCAGAAGAAGGAGCUGAUGGAGGUCCAUCCCUGGAUGAAGAAUGGAGGUCUAUCCAAGGCCAUAGACAUCAAGGUGUGUUCCUGCUGUGAUGGCGCCUCAGAGGCAGCUACAGCAUCAUCAGCAGCGGUAGCAGCAGUGAUGGCGGACUAUCAGCCAGCCCUGGACAUCAGUGACACAGAGACGGGGGAGGUCGGCUGCCAGCAUAGGCCCAGAGACAAGCUGUCAAACACGGUCCUUGUUUCCUGCCACGGCCCUUCGCUUGUCUCCAGCUCACAGACGCACACCAGCCAGACAAUGAACUGCUCCAGAUUUUCAGAGGGACUUUGAUUGACUUUGAAGAUGGACUUGGAAGAUGGACUUGACAUAAAAAUCUUCAUUCCUGUCUCUGUCUUGCUGUUUCAUGAGCCGUACCUGUUAAAAUUUCAAAGAAAACCGGCUCAAAUAUUGUUGAAUGUAAUAUGUAGUGGUGAUUCAAUUACAUUUUAUUUUAAUACACUUACAAGCCGCAGGAGGUAGGAUUCUGUUGGUGCUAGCAAGGGUCCCUGGGCUCGAUGACAGAGCAUGUUUUGGCAAAGAUGUGCAGAUAGAAGACAAUGUGCAGAGGUCAAACACAGAGUGAAAGGCUGCUUUGCACGCACGCCAGGAUGUGGCACAGGGGUGAACUAGCCGCUGUGAUCAUGUCAGUUCCUUUGUUACAGAGAGCAACAGACUCAUCGACCGGUCUCUGAAGACUUUCACUACCUCCAUCCUCAGCAGGGGUUGGAGAAAGCUCAAAUAGGAGUACAAUCACAAUGCAAGGACAAUCCUUUAAAAGUCUGGACUCCAAAAGUUAGCUUGGAUUAUCAGCAUUUAGUCAAAGUAUCAAAACUACUAUUUGUGCAGAAAUGUCUUUUUCAGGAUGUCACAUUGGAUAAUCUUUAUGUAGGAUGUUUAUUCUAUAUAUUUAAGCUGUUUAUAUACGACAAUGUCUCCUAUUUGUGGCGUCAUGUUCUGCUGAGCCCCGGUCGUAUUGGAGGUGGUGAAAAGACAGCCAGGUGCAACACAUUCUAUAAGCUCUGAAAGUUAUAUAAUUUCUUAUAAUAUUGAAUGAGGCAACAUUUAAUAUUGAAACUGUCCCUCUCUUGUGGUGGAGCCUGCAGUGCGGAGUUCUUUGUUUUAACAUCAGUUCACAUGCGUUUACUAUCUCUGACAUUCAGGUUAUAAACUGUUAUU